UCUGCUAAAAAGAUUAAAAGAAAAUGAUGGAGGUGCGACGUUAGUCAUAGUACUCGUAGUGUUCCAUGAGUAUAACUCAAAGAACAGAUCUAUUCGAUUCUAAUUGCCGCGAACAAACUCGAUCCAUGCCCGAAAAGGAAUAGAGCGGAAUAGCGAAUAGCGAAAGCCGCGUUCCUCCCGUUCUGCUUUUAUGGCUUUAAUUUUUGAGUUCGAACGGUGCACAACGGUCGCGUUCACGGUUGAACAAAAGACCGCUAGACGGCGGGAGAAUCGCGCGGAGUGCAAGAGCCAGUGACACACUGUGUUAACAUCAAAAACUUGUGUAACACGGGUCCGCGAUGUUGUUUGCGUUGUACUGAUAAAAAUUUAAACCACGGCAGUUGUGUAGCGAACAAGCACCGUUCGACGUUCGCGCGUGUUUUGUUCGCGAUCUUCGAAUUGUUACGAAACCGUUCCGGAAUCGGUGCUGUUCCUGACCGAGGACCAACGGGAUACGCGUAUCGGUCUGUCCGUAACAACAAUAUCGGAUCCAUUGGCGAAAAGGAUUAACGCGCGAGCCGCGUCGAAGGACACCGCACCGUCGACCCCAACGAACAUGUUCGGCGAACAAAACGUGUACGACAAACGUCGAAUCGCGAUGUACUGCGCAACGACAUAGGUGUGGCGCGCGAAAGAGAGAGCGUAUACGCACCUAACCGUAGGUACGUGCGGGCAAGUGCUGCGUUGGAAUGAAGACAGCAAAGAAUUGGAUUAACUUUCCCCGAUCACGUUCGAAUGCAGAGAAAACGAGCGAUUACUCUUAACACGGCGUGAAACGUGCCACCGAUACAGCGAAAUUGAUCGUAUACAGUGUAACGAAGUCACUCUUUCUCUAAAAUCAAGAUAUAAAUUCUUGUGCCAGUGGCGUAAGCAGCAACCUCAGGAGCCACAUGCCAAAACUCACAGUACGGCCGUUUUCUAACUAAAUCCUUUAAAUGUCUAAUUACAUCAGAAAAACAAGCGGUAUACUUACUUUUUCACGAAAACCGACCAACGAAACUUGUACAGCGAUAUUCAUUGACUCGUGUACAAGUUUCGCGUAAAGUGUAAUAAUAGUAAUCAAGGAGUUCCUCGAUGUUUGUUAGAGAACGAAAUAGUAAACAAGACGCUAUUAUGUUUGUUUGUGGUUCGUUAUAAAACCCAGGGUGCCCGCGUGCUUGGCACGCGCCGCACGCCCUUAGCUACGCCACUGUAUCGGUCCUUUUCGAAGUAAAUAUCAGUGGAGUUACACCGUGUGGGUGCGUGUGUGUGGUUCGUGGCUGUGCGUGUGCCUGCGCCUAUGCGUCUCCAUUCGUCGAGCCGCGGUGAUCUUCGCAGUGGUGGAGGCGGCGGAGGACAGAGCGAAGGCGGCGGCGGCAAUAGCACCAGCAGCGGUGGCGACGGCGGAGGAGACAGUGGAGGUGGUGGCGGCGGCGGCGGUGGCCGCGACGGCGUUUGGAGGGAGAGAUUUCGUACGUCGUGACUGAGCGAGCGAGUGGGUUGGCGCGUGUGCGUGCUUGACACGCGUAUACGCUCUCUCAUUCUCGGUUCCCCGUGCGCGCGUGUUUACUCGCGGCGAUGUGUGGAUGUGUGUUUCUCGCGCCCGCGCAUUAACGGAAUUCACGAUCGGACACGCAGGGACUCAACAAAUGUUUAAAUGGACGCAUCGUCCAUUAUCACCCAAGUGUCGCGGGAUGACGAGCUAGGCCAGUUUAAUAACGAGAAAGCCCAGUUACCGCGAGAGAAUGAAGUGGCCAGCAACGGUCCAGCCAGUGGCAAAAAGCCAAGAGGGCGUGGACUUCUACGAUCUCUACUUUGUUGUCUCGGUAGAGGACGUGGAAGUAGUUCAAAGAGUUCGAAAACAAAUUCUGUACAAUGGGAUGAACAAGGUUCUCCGCCGCCAGGGACUGGAUCCCCUCGGUUUCUUCUCCCACCUGUCAGACAUCAGGAUAUGCACAAGAAGUGCAUGGUGAUUGAUUUGGAUGAGACGCUAGUGCAUAGUUCUUUCAAACCAAUCAACAACGCUGAUUUUGUUGUUCCUGUAGAAAUUGAUGGGACAGUGCAUCAGGUGUAUGUUUUAAAGAGGCCUUAUGUGGAUGAAUUCUUGCAAAGAAUGGGUGAACUGUACGAGUGUGUAUUGUUCACUGCAAGUUUGGCUAAGUAUGCUGAUCCAGUAGCAGAUCUGCUUGACAGAUGGGGAGUGUUCAGAGCAAGACUGUUUAGAGAAUCUUGUGUUUUUCACAGAGGAAAUUAUGUUAAAGAUUUAAAUAAACUAGGGCGGGAUUUACAACAAAUUAUUAUUGUUGAUAAUAGUCCUGCCAGUUACAUUUUCCAUCCAGAUAAUGCGGUACCAGUGGCGUCAUGGUUCGACGAUAUGACCGAUUCAGAACUACUAGACUUAAUUCCAUUUUUUGAGAAACUCAGUAACGUGGAAAAUAUUUAUACAGUCUUGUGCAAUAUCAAUCACCCUUAUAAUCAAAUGCAGACUAUUGUACAGAAUAGUCCAAGCCCAGGUUCAGGUUCGCUUGGUGCUUCCUAGCCCUACCUAAAUUCUGGCCAAACAGCCAGUAUUGUCAUCGCUCAAUGCACUCUGAGGAGGAUUGUGACUGGAAUACUCCGCGUUACUUUCUUGUUAUGUGGCAGUGGACAACCAGGUAUGGCCCACUAAAUACCAAGUGUAGUAUGCAGACAUACCUGUUGAACAAUCAUUUAAAUAGGGGAUGAAAAUUCUAUAUCCUCCUGUGUAUUAUUUGUUUUGAUGCAACACGAAUCACGGUUGGUUUCGUUGUUGGCUUGAGUUGUCUUUCCUGAUAAACAACAAUAUACUGUGCUCCGAACUGUUCACAGUAUGACAGAUACGAUGUACUGAAUAUAUUGAUCUAAUCGUUAACGUACAGUUUUUUAAAAAAAUUCACGAGUAGCUCAAUUGGUAAUAACAAAUAACUCCUUCAGUUACACCGAAGCGGAAUAGAUUUCGAAUAUAAUUUAUCGGUUACAUAAUUCAAUGUGCGUGUUUCCGUGUUUGGUGUACUUGAGAAAAGAAGCACAUGAUAAGGCUAACAGUGAAUGUGAAACGUGAUGUACAUUUUAUACUGGUUAAAUGCAUAACUUUGUGCUUAUUUGAACUUAAUUUUUACAAAGUACCUCAUGAAUUAAUUGUAGAAGAGAACAAAAUCACGUAUAUGAAAUUAGAGUAUAGCGUUAGCGGUACAAAGGAAAGAAAAUACUGAAUUACUUUUGAGUCGUUUGAUGGGCUAUAUUAUAUAUAUAUAUAUGUAUAUAUUCUACUUCUCCCCUUAUUAUAAUCCGGUUAUUUACUAUGAAUUUGCAUUACGUUUACUGUCACUGUAUAUACAGUUUCAACGAGUUCUUAUAGUAUUGCUAUGAAUAUCGAGUAACAUAGUAAUUAAUUUUUAUAUAAAUUUUAUGAGGCUGAUAAUUCCAAAUAGUAUCAGAAAUUAGCAUCUUUGUAAAAUCCUUUUACCGAAUGUAAUCAAGAUUUGUUAGAAUUCAUCGAAGAAAUACGUUCGAUUUUAUUGAAUCAGACUUUCUUCCUAGAAACGAACAAGAAACAUUGAGAUCUAACAAUGUAAGAUUUUAGUAAUACAAAUAUUAGAAAGAUUAUUAUUUACCUAACCGUUUCUUCUUUAUUUUUACUGAAACGAUAUUAACAGUAACUACAGUUUGAGAUAUUUAAUCUGAUUACAUACGAAAUUAAUGUUAAUACACUUUAAAUGAAUAUUGUUAUAUGAUGGUAUUUUAACUUUGUUUUGGGAAACAUUGAGAAAAUAAUGAAAAGGUAUAAAACAACCAAAAUUUUGUAAAUGUUUAAAUAUUGAGUCUGUGCAUAUCAUUCUCUCCCUUCGGGCAAUCGAGUAAUAAAGCAUUACGUUAAUUCAGUAAUGAUUACAAUAUCAUUAAUAAAGUAGACUUAUUUAAUCUUGUAAUCUUUCAAGCGUAGGUAAGCGAAAAUGUAUUUUCACGCAUACGCAAACAUUUACUAACAAGCGGUUAUCAAGUUUGUACUUUUAAUUAGUGCAUAACAGAUGUAUAUCGCUUUCUAUUUUAUUACUGCUGUUACUAACAUAAUCAUCAUCACCAUUAUUAAUAAUAAUAUAGUAAAUCGAAUUUAAUUACAUUAUUGUUAUUAUCGGUUUAGUUUCAAAUAAUCUAAUUUAUUAAGAAUAUCAUCUGUUUGUCGUUAUCGAAUAUUCUAAUCAAAAAUCAAUUUACGGAAAUGUAUAACGUUGCACAGACGAGACAGUUACAGAGAUAAAGUUUUAUAAUAACUGCAAAGGAUUUCACCAUUCGUAUGUCAGUUGCAACCGUUUAUUGGAUUAUAACGUUAACGUCAUUUCGUCGCGUCUUUUACAUAAUAUGACAAAAUCAAUGAUUAGAUUUAUGGUAUCUAUCUCAAAAUUUCAGUAUUUACUUUUCAUCUUGAAAUAUUAAAGGCACAUUGAUAAGAUAUGUAUCUAUACGUAGAUUAACAGAAUCAGAAUAAUUUUCAAGUACUUUGCACUGUAUUUGAUAUAUAUUUUUCUUUUUCUUUUUCUUUUUUUUUUAUUUAAGGCAAAGGCACCACAUACAAUAAUUUACAAACUUUUUAUAACAGAUUUAACGAUAUAAGAUUAACGUCCGCUUGAACAAAAGCUCUCCGACAUUACACAUUUAUAAUGUAUAUUUUAUUUUUUAAGCAUAGUUUAUUAAUGUACACGAACCUUGGCUCUGCUAAUUAUCUAUGUUGCUUUACUGUUUCUCAUUGAACAAAAGUAGGUUCGCAGAGUUAUAAGUUUUCAUUUGGCGAAAAGGGGAGCUAGGAUAUACAGAGAUAAGAAGAUUAUAUAACAAUAAGUCUUACACAUAUUGCAUAAUAUUAAAUGGCUUCCAACUUCAUCUUCUAUCAAAGUUUUUCGUUGAGUGUUACAUUACUUUAAUAUCUAUCUGUUAAGUGGGUCAAUAUUGAGACGACAUUUACAUCUAGGAAAACAGACCCAGCCAGUGAUAUAACGAAUUGAAAAUACGAGUGAACUAAUUCACGUGAUAAUACAGUUGGAGAGGACUAUUAUUUGAACAUAGUUGAAUUGAUUAUUUUUUCUUUUUCUUUUUCUUUUUUUUUGUGAUAAUUUUCUAUAUUAAAUAGUUUUAAUAUACACGGUUUAACAAAACAAAAGAUGCUAGCUGACCGUUAAAAAAAUGUAUAUAAAUGUUGACGAGUUUAUAUCUAGGAUUUAACAAUUUAUUAUUCAGAAUUGCAUUUGCUGUAUUAAUGUCGUUUUAUUUAUGUUUAUUGCGCAUGUUUAGGAAAGAACAACAUGUUAUGGAACGUUUGUACUUAGUAACCGUACCUCGCCAAUACUUUUAACGAAGCUCCUGUAAUAUAUCCGAUUCAACGAUUUCGAUUGUGGCAAUAUCACGCAGUAGCUGUGCUUCAACUCCAUCCUUCAUCUAAAUAUAUGUAUAAUAAAUUCAACAGAUUUAACGCAAAUAAUCAUUGUAUCGAAUUACUGUUCGUUUUUGGACAGCAUUCAAAACAGCGGCGGCCGACGCGAACACGAUGAAUUUAUAUAAUUAACUUUUGUCACAAAAUUCACGAUACUCUUCUCGUGCGAAAAUUGUAACCAGCGUUCGCUAUAAUAACGCCCAUCCAAACGACUCUACCAUUACCUGGUUCACCUAUUCCGGAAAUACGUACAGUGACAAGGAUAUGCGUGAGAAAAAAAGAAAAUGUAUCUCGAAUCGAACACCUUGUGUUUCUAUUGGGUUGUCCGGAAUGUUCGUGCCUAUUUUUAAGAAGAAUUCAAAAGGCAUAUUUGAAUCAUGAUGUACAUCUAUCGAAUUAUAGAUGCACCAUUUUGUUCCACAACCUUUCCAUCUGUUAAGAAAUGUACACAUUUUAUUUGUUUUCAGCCAUUCCGAUAUAAUACACAGACCUGUACCGCCUACUAAAAAUCGGCAUGGACUUCCCAGACAGCCCAAUAUUAUCGAUAUCUUUUACGAAACUCCGUCUGCCGUCUGGGAGCAGUUGUAAAUUUAAGAGAACACGCGAGCGAUUACGAUGCGACAUAUACAGUCAUGUGGCAAAAUCCUGAAAGCAUUCUUUUCUUCUUCUUUUCUUUUUCUCCUAUUUUACUUUUUCUUUCCAUCGUUUAUCGCAGAAACGUAUAUCACUGAUAAUGUGCACGAUAACAAGUCGAAUAUGGAAAAUAUAGCUAAUGCCUGUUUUUCAGUUAGGAAGAUCGAGCAACGGAGGCCACGUGUGACACAACGUUGAUGUUGCAUCCGAUAAAAUUCCUUCACGGAUACGACAUUGUCAAUCUUCUUCAAAUCUACGUUCGUUUCGAAGUAACAUUAAUUGAAAUAUUAUUUGAAGUAAUAAUAUAAUUAACGUGCUUCGAAAUCGUACAUCGAACAAACUUGUAAGAUACUUGAAAUCACUUUGAGUUAUUAAAGUAACGAAAUGGUAACGGUCCAGAGGAAGAAUAAAUUUGUACGACCGAUAUACUUCGUUGGUACCAUGCACGUCCGUUAUAAAUGUCGAUAUUCUUCGUUAACACGUUGGUCGCCGCGUCACCCAGAAAUUGGUGACAGGCCUUGUCAUUAAGGAGCUAAUAAAAUUAAUUUCAUAGACGAGACAAUAAUGAAAAUAAAUCUGGACAGGAUUCAUAAAUUUGACGACGUUAACAAAUUAGAUACUAUGACGGAUGUUAAGCUAUCCAAUUUUUAAUAGUUUGUAGACAAAAUUUUAACUUUAUUGAAAUUUUUACGAGUCUUAGCUUGGCAGCCAACGUGUUAAUAAACUUCUUCCUGUAGUCGGUAAUGACUUGAUUUGCGCGCUGAAAGUGCUGAAAGAAGUUUUUUGCUCGCGACACUCGUGCGUCUUACGGUAUGCCAAAUACGUUAUAGCAGUAACGUUCUGCGAGUCGAUCCGUCAACAACGAUACAAAUGUACCACGUGAAACCGUUAAAUCUGUUCUUCCUUAAGCCGGCGACUGACUUGCAACAGAACAUUGUAAUGUAACGCGAGGAUUCGACCGUUCUCCACUGGUCUGUCGGUUUUUUGACGAACCUUGGUCGUCUACUUUUCACUGAACCGAGCAGGAAGCAUCGAGAGAGAAUUCAGCCGAGAGUUCGAAGCGAGCAUUCGCGAUUCCAAAAACAACCUUGUAAUGUAACGCUGGUGCCGAACCGUACGAUUCGUGCCGAGCAGUUACAUUACAGCGUUCAGUUGCAAGUCAGUCGCCGGCUUUAACAACCACGCCCAAAAAGUAUAAAAGUAUCCGCACAUUCCUUUUUUACAUGGCGAGUAUUCAACGAAUAAUGAUGUAUUUAUUACGUAAACGAAACUUCGAAACGAACGUGCUUAGUGUUAGAGACCCGUCACACCGUGGCCCUCCGCGAUUAAUUAACAUUAACAAUCCAGUGUAUCGCUUUUAUCGAAUACAAUUUAUCUGGACGCUCGACAAAAAGGCGUCCCCUCGAUGGUAUUCGUAUAUAUACAUAUAUUUAAUAAGUGCGUUUCUUUUGUCGUGUUUCAAUCUUUCCGAGCAUUUUGUUUUGUUUUCCUUAUUUUUAAUUACUAUUACGGAAUUGUAACAUGAUUGUAGACGCGCUGUGGGCUGUCACGAGUGUCCACACAAUAUGUUUAGAUUUAUUGUGACUGUGCGCCGAGAAAAAUUGUUAGCGCGAUGGCGUGAAAACGGGAGCGAUCGCGAUGCGUUAUAUUAAAUAUGUAUAAAAUGAAAGGAAAUGAAUCGUUAGGUAGGCCAAGAAUUUUUAACGUAUAAAAUGUCUUCGAAUCGUGGCUCCUCGUCGGCUGUAAUUUAAUGCGUAAUGUAAGUUACACGCGAUACGACGGAUGUACAAGUGGAAUCAGAGAUUGGGAAAAUUGUAUCGAUGAACUAUUUUUAACCUCUUAUUUUGUUCGGUGUGAAUUACGAUUUAAAUUAUAGGAUGAAAUUGUAUUUCGCGUUAAACGAAUAAGUACUUGUACGAAUGAAUCGCUAUGUUGUGCUUCUAUUCGUCGUCUACGAUUUAAACAAUAUUUUUCCCAUCUCUGAACGGAGUAUUUCCCAGUACGAUAUCAUACCGAUGCGUGAGAAUUAUAACGUACUUUAUCGAUCGUAUACCUACGAUAUUGUUUGACGUAGUCUUUUUUUUAAAAAAGAAAAUGCAAUUGUACGCUAGUAAUUUUAACAAGCUGAAGUCGCUUUUUUUACCGUUUUAUCGAAGGUGAGUUUAUCGAGCACGAAACGAUUUGCCAAGUAGAUGUAUAGGGAAACGGUGGUAUUUUAUUGAAGAAGAAGCAAUACGAGAGAAAGAGAGAGAGAAGCGUUUACUUUUGUUGCACGUUUCAUCGUUCUAUUAAUUUACAAAUGAUUAUUGUUAUCGGCUGGAUUCGGUAGGAAUCGGAAGCUGUUUGGUGAUAACGACCGUGCUGCAACGGCAAUAAACGAGGCCGCUGACAUUUUUCUCGGCGCAGAAUCGUUAUUUCGGACACAGCUUUGCUGUUGUAUAACGAAUCGUACGAAUAUACAAGGUCUGCUAAAAUUCAUGCUCCAAACUUUGUACACGUACAGUACUCGUCGAAAUUAGGAGACAAAUGUUGAUAAAGGCGAGUCUAGAAAACAUCAAUUUUCGAGUUGCAAGGAAAAGUCUUAUUCCAAGAAGUUGUUUUUAUAAUCAGACUGUGAAUCCUUAUGCAAAAUACCUAAUUGUAUAGGAAUUACCUAUAUAGGAAUUUAUUUUACUCUGCAAAUAUUAUGAUACAAACUGUAUUUUCGAUAUUUCUUUACAUUGUUGCAUACUGUGUGCAUUUUGUAGUUUUGUGAAAUUCAAGUUUCCUAUAAAUGCGUACAAUUUCGCAGUCUACUUAUAAUAUACACGUAAACAUUUGUUAUUUACUGAAUGUCCUCUUUCAAAAUAAUUCUAUAAAUUAAAUAAACGUUACAUGCAAGUGAAAUUGAACCUACGCUUGUACAAAGUAACGUUAACCUUUUUGUUCAUGAAAAAUUCUUUAUAGAGGUUGAAAAUGUUUAAAGAAAAACGAUCUACUCGCAGGCUACUUGGUACAAGAUAUUUUUACCUGUUGGAUUCCAAUGAAAAAUCAAUGUUUACCAACAGCUCUUAUUGCUUACUUCUAUGAGUACUGUAUGCAUUCUUCAAUCAGAAAACAGUUGAAAGACCCUUCGAACAUAUACUGUGCAAUAAAAUACAAAUUUCUUACAACUUGAGAACUAUUGAUUUCUAGAUAUGCGUUUACUAACACUUUAUCGCUUACUUCGACGAGUGCUAUAAUCUACCCAAGUAUCGGACCAUAAAUUUCAGCGGUCCUUGUCUAAAAGAGAAGCGUGCUUUUGAGAAGAGGUACAUAGAAGAGAAUAUCUGCGUGUGUGCGUGCGUGGUAUGCGAGUGUGCGAGUGUAGUGUUUUUAAAAAAUAAACGAAAAAAAGCGAGAGAGAGAGAGAGAGAGUAAGAAUAUAGCGUGGCGUAAAACCGUUCGCCGAGCGACGGUCGCAGAAUCGAGACUUUUUAUAAUGCAACCAGUUUGAUAAGACGGGGAAAAAGGGAAUAUACAGGAAACUCGGACCGCCAGUCGUUGCCUCCGUUGCGGUCUGGACGAUUAAAUUAUUGUAUUACCAUUAUACAUACGUUGUACAAAAGGAUUCGUCACAGAUAAAAAAAAAAAAGAAAGAAAGAAAGAAAACGGAAAGGAAUUAUUAGGGCUCAAAGUGUCGUGUUUGGGCAGCGAACAGAACAAAAGAUAGAGGGGUAACAAAUCGAAUGAGAGGCGCGAGUAUGCAUGUAAAAAAAAAAAAAGAAAACAUAAUUAACGAUAUUGCCUUGAUUUGUAAAUAAAACUUAAUUACUUCCACUAAUGAAAACCAUAUUCUCUGCCGAUACCAAGCGGGGCGCAUUCGGCCCACCGCGGGCUUACCUCUUCCACCGAUUUCGUAUGUUUUUUACCAAAAGCUGCGGCUGCUUUUUUAACAGUGAGAUAUUUUGUACAGUAACAAGACGUAAAAUAAUAACGACGAUAAUAAUAAUAAUAAUAAUAGAGAGAGAAAAAAAGUAGGUGGAGGUGAGCCCGGUGCGUCGUUCCAGAAAAAAAACAAAUCAGCUAGAAAUAUGUAACAUCUCCCGCCCCUCCGACAUGUCCAGUUUGCUCUGUGAUUCUGUGUUUAAUAAAAGAAAAAAAUAUAUAUAUAUUAUGUAUACGUAUGCGUGUGCGUGUAUGUAGAUGUACACAUCCCAAUUUGACGAGUAAAUUUUUUUUAAUAUUUUCUGCAUGGAGUAUAGUAUGAAAGUUUCGUUUUAUUCGGUUUUAUAAGAGCUGUCCAAAUAACCAGGGCCGGUUUUUGCAACAUUGGCGCCCCUUCAGGGGUACAUACAGGGUGUCUCAAAAAUGUUGCAAGUCGUUGAAAGGGGUGAUUCGGGAGGUGAUUUGAAACAACUUUUUCCUUAGCGAAAAUAUUCUACGAGGCUUCGUUGAGGAGAUAUUAACGGAAAACACUGACCAAUCAGAGCGCGAGUAUGCCGAUAGAGCGCUCGCGGUAGCGUAUGAGCGCGGCCGCCUAGCGCGUGGCCUACGCUCAACCGGCAUACUCGCGCUCUGAUUGGUCGGGGUUUUCGCUUAAUAUCUCCUUAACGAAGCCUCGGACAACAUUUUCGCUAAGGAAAAAGUUGUUUGAAAUUAUCUCCUGAACCACCCCUUUCAAGGAGUUACAACAUUUUUGGGACACCCUGUAUAGUACACUGGUUGCACAUCGAAAGAUUAGAUACUCUGUGUCAAUCAACUGUAACAAAAACGAAGUCGAUACCUUCAUUAGUUUCGGUGAAUGAAGUUACAUUUCACGGUAAUCGAGUAAAAACUUACAUCGAAUGAAAUUCUAACCAAUUUUCAUUCUACAGUUUCGAAGUAUAGAAUAACAUUCGGUAAUUGCGCGAUAUCGGAAAGGAUCCAUAGUUAAAUGCAAAUGGCGCGUAAAACGAUGGUUUUUUUUUGGACAAAAGUAAAUCCUAGGUUGGUAAACGUUCUCUAUAGGAGCCGGCUCUAUUCUGAUCCGAAUGACACCGCGGUAUUUAGGUCGACCUGCUCGAUCGCACGCGAUUAAUCUUGAUAUUGGAUUUCCGUAGGCACCUCGGCGUAAAGGGAAAUGUCAUGACUGACGUACCGUGCGCUAUUAAUUUCUGGUAAACCAUUGCUCAAUGAACAAAGAAAAUUCUUUGCGACGGAAAAAAAAAAACAAAACCAAGUCCGACGGGAAUUCAAAUUGUUUCGUUUUAAUUAAGAAAGUAUCAAACAUGUACGGUCCGCUGACGAUAGAGACGAAAAUAUUUGUUGCAUUUUUUGCGGUUAAUAUACGUAAUUUUUUUUAUAAAUACACAAACUCUUAUAUUAAUAUAAGAUUAUAAUAUUAAAAUUUUAUAUACAAAAUACUUGCACUUGAAGAUUUACGAUUAUCUGGAUAUUUUCUCGAUAUAAUAGAUAGACCAGAUAUAAUAUAAAUUUUUAGUAACCUAACCCAGACCUUAUAAUAUCGUAUUAAAUAACUGCUUAGUUUUCAGGUAUUCAGUGAUUUGGAGGUUUUCUCCGUUAUAAUUACAAAAGGAGCAAAAGGUAUGCUCGUCAAAUCAAAGAAAACUUUUGUUAUCGCGUGCAAUAUAUUUGUGGAUUUUAUACAAUAAAGAAAGGAAAGCAUAUAUUUUUCAUUAGAUAUUUAUUAAAACCGAUAUUUCGAUCAAGUUUUUCGUGGUCUUUUAUUAAACACAAGGAUGAAUCCAAUUACUUCACAGUGUCGAUAAUUAUCGACAAACGAUUACGUUUCACGUAAGCGAAACCGUUGACGUAAGAGAAAUAUCGCAUUUGGUCUAUAUAAAUGCGUAAGAUAUAUUAACUUCUGCACGAUACGGAUCAUAAGGACAAUCUAUAUGUUUUUUGCAAAGUCCAUACAUAAACGCGCAUUCACUACCUUUAAUUCUGUCAGAUUUGAUGAUUGAUUGUUUAAACUCUGUCUCAGGGGCCCAUUUUGUUUGUUAAAAAUGAUCAAAUCCUAUAGUUUUUUACUUUACGUAAAACCUAUAAGAAAUGAAGAUUUGAAUACAGGCGCGAUUGAACGGUCAUCCGUACGAACCAAUCAGAGCAUAGGUAGAGGCAAUAUGGCGUCGUACUAACCUAUCAAAGUACGCCAAAUACACACAUCUUUAUAUACUCGUAUCUUUUAAACUAUUGGAUUCCUAAACUUUUAACUUGCAUUUUCGGACUUUUCAGGUCAAAAACUAUAAGAUCUGAUAAAUUUUAACAAAAAAAAAAAUGGGCCCCUGAGAUGAAGUUCAGCCCUAUAAAAGCACACCAUGAAGGGGAAGGGGAAACACAAAUCAUUGGUCGAGCAAAUACUAUACUAGACCAUACUCGACUCAACAAUUUUAUCAAUUUUAUACACAUAGUGUUUUAAAUUUUAAUUGGGCAGAAUUAAAAUUAGUGAUACGUCUCAUCAGAUAUAUUUAUUAAAAAUUUGUUGGAAUUUGUCAACAGUUUUCGAACUUUUAAAUGCAAACCUUUUUAAUUUAUGCAAACAUUCAAAGAUACGGAAUCUUAUAAAAACGAUAUGUCUGCACUUCUAAUUUAUAACAAUGUAGAAAUAUGAAAUUAAAAUAAAAAUAUUUUUGUCAAUGAUUUCGUUCGAAUAAAUGCUGGUAUAUAGACUUGGGUAGACUCAUCGACAUUAUCUGUCGCAACGUGUAUAUAUAAGAAACAU